UUUUUGUGACAAUUUUUUAACAUUUAGGUAUCAUCCCUUUGUUUAAGCUUUAUUUAUUGAACUGAUAUAAGAAGCCACGGCAUUUUUGAAUUUCUUGUUCACAGAAUUUUCUUUGAAGCAAAAUGGCAGCAAAAGGAGGAGACAAAGACGAUAAAGAUCUGGCAACUGCGAUUCUCAGAACAAAGAGCAAACCGAAUCGUUUGAUUGUGGAAGAUGCUGUAGUUGAUGAUAACAGCGUGGUCUCCUUAUCACCAGCAAAAAUGGAGGAACUACAGUUGUUUCGAGCCGACACUGUGUUGCUGAAGGGCAAAAAGCGAAAAGAAACCGUUUGCGUUGCUCUGUCCGAUGAUACAAUUUCGAACGAGAAAAUCCGAAUUAACCGAGUGGUUCGAAAUAACCUGAGAGUUCGAAUUGGAGAUGUUGUAAGCAUCCAUUCGUGUCCGGAUGUUAAGUACGGAGUGAAGAUCCAUGUCCUCCCCAUUGAUGACAGCAUAGAAGGAAUCUCUGGAAACUUGUUUGAGGUUUACCUUAAACCUUACUUCCUGGAAGCUUACAGACCGGUGCACAAAGGAGAUGUUCUUCUUAUAAGAGGUGGUAUGAGAGCUGUGGAGUUCAAAGUAGUGGAAACAGAUCCAAGUCCUUUCUGUGUGGUAUCAACCGACACUACUAUUCACUAUGAGGGAGAAGCUAUCAAGAGAGAGGAUGAGGAGGAAUCUUUAAAUGAGGUUGGUUAUGAUGACAUUGGUGGAUGCAGGAAACAACUUGCACAGAUCAAGGAGAUGGUGGAACUUCCUCUUCGUCAUCCACAACUGUUUAAAGCUAUUGGUAUCAAACCACCAAGGGGUAUUCUGUUGUAUGGUCCACCAGGCACAGGAAAAACUCUGAUCGCUCGUGCUGUUGCAAAUGAAACUGGUGCUUUCUUCUUUCUUAUCAAUGGUCCGGAGAUCAUGAGUAAGUUGGCUGGUGAGUCGGAGUCCAACCUCCGAAGAGCAUUUGAAGAGGCGGAGAAGAACGCUCCUGCUAUUAUCUUCAUUGAUGAACUGGAUGCUAUUGCUCCCAAACGAGACAAAACUCAUGGCGAAGUGGAACGUCGAAUUGUUUCUCAACUUCUAACUUUGAUGGAUGGUUUGAAACAGCGCGCUCAUGUGGUCGUUAUGGCUGCAACCAAUCGCCCGAACUCCAUCGAUGCGGCUCUUCGUCGUUUCGGAAGAUUUGAUCGGGAAGUGGACAUCGGGAUUCCGGAUGCAACUGGAAGACUUGAGAUCCUCCGCAUCCAUACUAAGAACAUGAAACUCGGAGCUGAUGUAGAUCUUGAACAGGUUGCUGCGGAAUCUCAUGGUCACGUAGGAGCUGAUCUCGCUGCUCUUUGUUCGGAGGCUGCCCUCCAGCAGAUCCGUGGAAAGAUGGACCUCAUUGAUCUUGAGGAUGAGAAUAUUGAUGCGGAAGUGAUGAACAACCUCGCUGUUACCAUGGAUGACUUUAGGUUUGCGAUGUCGCAUAGCAAUCCAUCAGCACUCCGUGAAACAGUGGUUGAGGUGCCCAACAUUACAUGGGAUGACAUUGGUGGUCUUGAUAGUGUAAAAACUGAACUUCAAGAACUUGUUCAGUACCCUGUUGAGCAUCCAGAGAAGUUCCUUAAGUUUGGUAUGACACCAUCCAAGGGUGUGUUGUUCUAUGGGCCACCAGGUUGUGGUAAAACCCUCCUUGCCAAAGCUAUUGCCAACGAGUGUCAAGCUAAUUUCAUCUCCAUCAAGGGUCCCGAGAUGUUGACCAUGUGGUUUGGUGAAUCAGAGGCUAAUGUCCGAGAAGUUUUUGAUAAGGCGAGACAAGCUGCUCCUUGUGUCUUAUUCUUUGACGAGUUGGACUCGAUCGCGAAAUCCCGAGGAGGAAAUGUUGGAGACGGAGGAGGAGCAGGAGAUCGGGUCAUCAACCAGAUCCUCACUGAGAUGGAUGGGAUGUCAAGCAAGAAGAAUGUGUUUAUUAUUGGAGCAACCAAUCGACCCGACAUCAUUGAUUCUGCCAUCCUCCGACCUGGUCGUCUUGAUCAACUCAUCUACAUCCCACUCCCAGAUGAGAAGUCUCGCAUUCAGAUCCUUAGAGCUAAUCUCAGAAAAUCUCCUGUUUCCAAGGAUGUUGACCUUAAUCUGAUGGCGAAAGUCACAAAAGGCUUCAGUGGAGCUGAUCUCACUGAGAUCUGCCAACGUGCAUGUAAGUUGGCCAUCCGUGAAAGCAUUGAGAAAGACAUUCAACGUGAGAGGGAACGUACAAGAAACGGAGAAAGCAAUAUGGACUUUGAUGAGGAUGAAGAAGAUUUGGUUCCAGAGAUCCGACGUGAUCAUUUUGAGGAAGCGAUGCGUUAUGCUCGACGAUCAGUGACCGACAAGGACAUCAGGAAGUACGAGAUGUUUGCACAAACAUUACAACAAGCACGUGGUUUCGGAAACUUCAGUUUUGGUCGUCAAGCUGGACCAAAUGCUCCAUCCGGUGGCCCAGCUGCUACAGGAGCAGGGGACCUCUAUGAGGAGGAAGAAGAUGACCUUUACAGCUGAAUAACUCGAGCAGAUAUCAUGGACCAUACUUUAAAUUCCGCUGCUUAAAGUACACUUUUAAUUUUCAAUAUGUAGUUCCUAUUCAGACUGCUUUUCAUUUUGGGCUGCUUAGCCAAGUAAUUGCGGGGUUUAUUCAAAAAAACUAAAGAAAAUCCGGUUGUGAUCCAUUUUUCUAACAUUUUCACUCUGUGUAGUAAAUGUGUAUAAACAAGAAUUGGCAAAAACGUGACGCUAUUAUUUCAAGUGUACUGAGUAACAAAAUGCUUAUUUAUUUCAAAAUCUGGUUCCAUAUUUCAUAUGCGAGAGCGAUUCCUCAAAAUUCAAAUUUUGGAAAACUGUGUGUAAAUAGUAGAACAAGAUCUUCAUGUACCAGGACCAUAGGCAACCUGUGGAAAGGUUCACCAUUUGUGUUGAAUAAAAUGUUAUAAAAAGCUGUGAA